GAGUAUGGUAUCAAAGCCACGCCCUACAAGAGCAGAAACAAGUGAUGUUGCAAAUGCUGUUCUCGACGGAGCAGAUUGUGUCAUGCUGUCAGGAGAAACAGCUAAAGGUAAGUAUCCGGUUGAAGCAGUUGACAUAAUGCACAGGAUAUGCUGCGAGGCCGAGUCUGCAAUGUUCCAUCGUGUGGUUUUUGAUGAGUUACGUCUCUUGACUCCCAAACCGACCGAGACACUGACCACCACUGCUAUUGCAGCAGUUGAUGCUGCUUUCUUUCAGAAUGCAGCAGCCAUCAUAUGUCUAACUACUACAGGAAGGACUGCCUUCAAUUUGUCUCAUUUCCGUCCUCAUUGCCCCAUCAUUUCAGUCACUAGAGAUAGAGAAGUCGCUCACAUUUGCCAUCUCUAUCGUGGCAUACAUCCACUGGUCUUCCCUCAUCCAAAGGAUAAAUCAGACUGGGCAAACGAUAUGGAGAAGAGGUUCCUUUACGCCAUUGAGUGGGGGAAAAAGAAAGGGUUCAUACAGAAAGGCUCAACCAUUAUUGCUCUUAGUGGUUGGAAGCCUGGGCCAGCUAAUACAAACACUAUUAGGAUCUUAAUUGUGGAGUAACGGACUUAAGCCUUCUCCCAUUGCUGACACUCAUUAUGUAGUUACACUAUACAUAGUCAUA